AUGAGAGAAACGGCACGAACAUUCAUUUUGGUUUGCUUGUUAUGUGCGAUAUUGCUGUUAAUAACUAUGUUUUGGAACUCACUGGGUAACACCUUGCGCCAAACAAUUCCAAUCUCCCGACUGGCGUUAGGGAGACUAAGAAACAAGGAGCUGGAGUCAGCUGCAGAAAACAACACUCGCAGCGUAACUCAGAAGCCCUUCGUGAUACUGGUUUAUACACAAUUCUUCGGUACUAAGGAGUGGAUAAAAAUCACUGAUGAUUGUUCCUCACCAGAAAUACCUGGAAACAGUUGCCGUAAGGACAUGGUUGAUUUGACGUACGAUAAAAAGCGAUAUGCUGAAAGCGAAUUUGUCAUAUUCCACGCCCGAGAUAUGCCUGGUGUGGAUCACCUGAAAACGAUAAUGAAAAAUAAGCCCUCGUCGCAGUUCUGGAUUUAUUUUUUACAGGAAAGUCCAAAUGCUACUCCUGAUACCCGACCUUUGAAUGGAAUGUUCGAUUUGACUAUGACGUAUAGAUCCGAUUCAGACUUCUGGUGGCCUUAUGGGUCUUAUAGGGGGAUCCCAUUUGAAAAGACUUCACAACUAGAUUUCUCCGUUGGGAAGGACAAACUGGUUUCCUGGAUGGUUAGCAACUGUAACUCUCAUCUCAGAAACUCGUUUGUUCAUGAGCUUCAAAAGUACAUUACAGUUGAUGUAUUUGGAUCGUGUUCGGGAAAAUUUGGCGAAUCAAAAUCCUGUCCACAUGGAGAAGCUUGCAGAAAUAUUAUUAAACAGUACAAGUUCUACCUUAGCUUUGAAAAUGCAUUAUGCGAGGACUACAUCACUGAAAAGUACUGGGGCCGUAUAGGUAAGCAAGCUUAUUUACGAAAUAUAGGAAUUGAUGGUAGCCCAGUUUUUAGUUUAUUUAUAAAUAACAUUAUUGCUUAUGUAGGUCAGCAAGUCUUUGUUGUUGUUGUUGUUUGUUUUUUGGUGGGGGGGGGGGGGGGGGGUAAAGGAGGUGUAUUAUAGGCAAAAAAUAACAGAGAAGUGUCACCGCACCUCAUCCCGCCAACCCCCCUUUUUUAUAAACAAUAUUUAUUACAACAUUUGCUCUAAGAGCCUGAAGGUCUCAUCUAGAGAUCUCACGCUGUUUACAUUAAAUAUUUAAAAAAUACAAAUGCACGUCACGAUCGAAUGACACACUCAUAAAAAAGCGAAGAAUAAAAAGAAAAAAAAUAAAUAUAAAACACACAGCAACUAACAGAGCGAUUUGAUAGCGAAAUAAACGACUGGACAAGCUGAAACAACCUAACUUAAGUUUGAAAAUCAGCAGUAGAAAUAUCAUUUAAGAGGCAAUCGAUUAAACAACGCCUUUCGUUUUCUCUUUGAAAUGGGUUGGACAUAGUGCGUGUUACACAUAUUAGGCCGAACGAGCUUCAGUGGUUGAGUCCGUCAGAAAUGAAGAACGUAAAAUGUCUGAAAAGGAAAAACAAAAGAUCGCUUGUAGCUUUUUCUUUUCACUUUUGCUUCUAACUGUAGAUGUCUAAGCUCGGCUCCGGUCUUGUUCGGGUGAAGGAGCGCGGGCUCAUUUUCCGAACACCGGCUGGUAAUCAAGCUUCCUACAUGUCAAGACCCGCAAGAAAUAUUCGCUACGGCUGCCUAUUUUACUAAAUACUCUAAAUCCUCUAUUUAACCCUCUGGGGGCUUAUUUCAAGCACGUAGACGCGGGGGUAAUAGAGAAGGGGGGGGCUUAAUUAACUAACCGAAAUGGAGCACCAUACUGCUAUUACAAACAACCAAAGGAUGGUAUCAAUUCUCCAUAAAGAACUAGGACGCAAAGUGGAAAUACUCAAGCAUAUGACGUUAGAGGUCUUGCAACCAAAGAUCAAAACAAGUCUGAACUUCCAUCAUAUGAGUUAACAGUACUGGAUAACUCCAUAUGUUAGUAAUUUUGUUGUGGAGAAUAAGGGAUGGGCCGGGGCGGGGGGGUUAAAAAGAGGGGUAGGCUUAAUAACUUUCUUCCACUAAAAAGGGGGGGAGGGGCUUAUUUGAGAGGGGGGCUUAAUAGAGGAUUUACGGUAAUCAUAAAUUUUAAGUCUCAAGGCCCUUAUUUGAGGUUUUAUCGUCAUUACAGGAGAUGAAAACGUCAUACCAAUAGUCUUAGGAGGCGCCAACUACAGCAAACUCGCCAUUCCAGGUUCAUAUAUCAACGUUAUGGACUUCAAGACGGUAAAAGACCUUGCAGACUACCUCCACUACCUUGACAAGAACAAUACCGCCUACAAUGAAUAUUUCAGUUGGAGACAAGAAUAUCGAGUAGGCAGAGAAGGGUGGUCCUUUCUUUGCAUGUUCUGUGAAACUCUUAGAACCGAUUUCAAACAAAGAGGCCGAUAUAAAGACCUGACAGGCUACUGGGUUGGUAAAGGAAGAUGCAAUGAAAAGGACGAGCGUGUUAGAAGAAUGUGGAGUUGA